CACUAUUUCUAGGAACCCAGUCCAAGAAUGAUCUCGGCUUACACAGUUUAAUGGGUAGAGCUUCGGGCCCAUGUUGUCGACCUUCCUUCUCUUCCUCCAAAUUUUUUGUUCAUUAUCUGCUCAAUUUCUGUUCUUAUCCGCUGAAAUGAUCGGAGUGUUCCCAAGAAAGAAAUUUGAUCCAUCUCCCUGCUCCUCCAAAGAAUAUAUCUGUAGGAAGCUCAAAAACUUCUGAUUAUUUUCAAUGUUUUCAACGUUUCCUUUCUAAUCAAUCUCCAACAAGCUAUAACGUCUAUAAUAUGCAAUCAUCUGUUCUACCCAUAUACCCAACUUCUCUUGUCCCACCAAAAUCUCACUCUUUUCACGCAAAAGUCCACCUUUUCCUGCCAAACUAUCCAGUUUUCGCGGGGAGCUGUUGUAAUUGCAGGCCAAGAAUGGCUUCUCUUGGUGGGUUUACCGUAAAAUCGAAAAUGGGUGCUUCUGCAAGUGGCGAUAAUGGGUUUUGUACGUUGGUGGAAUAUAUGGGUAAGGGAGGAAUUGACGUGGGGGAUGAUCUGGUGGUUUUGUUUAGUCAUUUACAAUAUGCUUCUAAGAGAAUUGCAGCUCUAGUAGCGUCUCCUUUCAAUUCCAGUCUCAGUAAACAAGGUAAUGUUGCUGGUGAUGGCAGUAGCUCAGAUAGGGAUGCACCAAAGCCACUCGAUAUAGUCUCGAAUGAAAUAAUCUUGGCAUCUCUUCGGAAUUCUGGAAAAGUUGCUGUCAUGGCUUCAGAAGAAGAUGAUGCUCCAAUUUGGAUAAAUGAUAAUGGUCCAUUUGUGGUGGUGACAGAUCCCCUUGAUGGUUCUCGAAAUAUUGAUGCAUCCAUUCCUACAGGAACAAUUUUUGGGGUAUAUAAACGCCUUGUUGAACUAGAUCAUCUACCUCAGGAGGAGAAGGCUAUGCUGAAUUCACUGCAGAGUGGAACUAGGCUUGUGGCUGCUGGUUAUGUGCUCUAUUCAUCAGCUACUAUAUUCUGUGCCAGCUUUGGUUCAGGAACACAUGCAUUUACACUGGAUCAUUCAACAGGAGACUUCAUUCUCACUCACCCAGGCAUUAAGAUUCCUCCUCGAGGGCAAAUCUAUUCUGUAAAUGAUGCGCGAUAUUUUGACUGGCCGGAAGGAUUAAGGCAAUAUAUUGACACUGUUCGACAAGGAAAAGGAAAAUACCCUAAGAAGUAUUCCGCCCGUUAUAUAUGUUCUCUUGUAGCUGAUUUUCACCGGACAUUGAUGUAUGGUGGAGUUGCAAUGAACCCAAGGGACCAUCUCCGUCUGGUUUACGAGGCGAAUCCUCUUAGUUUUCUUGUGGAGCAGGCCGGAGGAAGAGGGUCUGAUGGUAAAGUUAGAAUUCUUUCACUCCAACCGGUGAAGCUGCAUCAGAGACUUUCCUUAUUUCUGGGAAGCCUGGAGGACAUGGAAGAGCUAGAGAGUUAUGGAGAUGUUCAACAGAAAGUAAAUCCUGGAUAUGAAGUCUGAUGAUGAUCUUCUGCUUGGAUCCUAUAAGUUUCAAGUGUAGUCGUAAUUUAGUCAUUUCUAACACUAUGCACAUGAUACUCACCAACCAUUCUUGGCUCUCAAUAAUAGCUCGGAGAGUUUUCAGCUGAUAAUAGCUUGGAGAGUUUUUGCGAAAAACUGGAAGCUCAUGAGCCGUCUUAUCUUUGUAAUGUCUUUGUCCAUUUUGUUAUAUUGAGUGAUUCUUCAAAUCUA